AAAGAAAAAAGAAAAGAUCCCGCCUGAACUUCCUCUGACUGACGUCAGCCUCCCCGCUCCGGACCCCGCGCUGAGAAAAAUGCUGCUCUCCGUACCGCCAAGGACGGGAAUCAACCCCUACAGCGGAUACAACAGCAGGAACAGCAAAAAGCAAGCCUAUGUGUCCUCCAGCCACCAGAUGGCGCUGCUCAGUCUCAACACCAACAGUAGCAGCACCAGUAGUGCGGGAGGUGGGGAACAGCUGAGCAAAACCAAUCUUUACAUUCGUGGACUCCAUCCUGGGACCACUGACCAAGACCUGGUCAAACUCUGCCAACCAUAUGGAAAGAUUGUGUCCACCAAGGCUAUUCUGGACAAAACUACCAACAAGUGCAAAGGUUAUGGCUUCGUGGAUUUUGACAGUCCUGCAGCAGCACAGAAGGCUGUGACGGCGCUCAAGGCCAGUGGAGUUCAAGCUCAGAUGGCAAAGCAACAGGAACAGGACCCUACCAACCUGUACAUCUCUAACCUGCCCAUGUCUAUGGACGAGCAGGAGCUGGAGGCCAUGCUCAAGUCCUUCGGCCAGGUGAUUUCCACUCGGAUCUUACGGGACGCUAACGGGACCAGCAGGGGCGUGGGCUUCGCCAGGAUGGAAUCCACGGAGAAAUGUGAAGCCAUCAUUCAGCAUUUCAAUGGAAAAUAUAUCAAAACCCCUCCAGGAGUGCCAGUUCCCACAGAACCGUUGUUGUGUAAGUUUGCUGACGGAGGACAAAAGAAGCGGCAGAACCAGUCAAAGUACCUACAGAACGGGCGACCCUGGCCUAGAGAUGGUGAAACGGGAGGAAUGACGCUCCCAUACGACCCAGCAGCCUUACAGAACGGGUUUUAUUCUCCUCAGUACAGCAUUGCUCCAAACAGAAUGAUUGCCCAGACCUCUCUGUCUCCAUACAUGCCCUCACAAGUACCGUCUUACCAGGUGCACAGCCCGUCCUGGAUGCAUCAUCAGUCGUACCUCAUGCAGCCCACCGGGGCCGUUCUGACUCCAGCUAUGGAUCACCAGAUGUCCAUUCAGCCCACGUCUAUGAUCGGACCCCUGACCCAGCAGCUCAGUCACCUGUCGCUGGGCAGCGCUGGCACGUAUAUACCCAACGCAGCUAUGCAGGGGACGUAUAUCCCUCAGUACACCCCAGUGCCUCCCUCUAGUGUCACAUUAGAGGAAAACAGUGGACAGCAGCAGGUUUCCAUGGAGACGCCUUCAGAACACACUAAUUAUUCCUAUCAACACAGCAAAUGAAGCUACGGUCCUCUGGAGGUGCUACACAGUGCUGGGGAUCAUGGGGAUCUCUCUGAGAUUUGGGGAUUACCACAGACAACCAACAGCAGAGGGGAUCCGGAUCACAAAAUGAGCGUGUAUCUUUUGUAGGACAGAAAGGAAAGUCGCUUAGCCAACAGCAGGAGACUGUGCAAAAGAGCUAUCAAUCGUUCAUCUAUUUUGAUAACAAAACAGAAAAAAAAGCAUUAAAAAAAUCAUGAUUUAGAAAAGGGUAAGGAAAAAAACUAUGUUUUAUGCACGUAAUGGCAAAUUAUUAUUUUUUAAAGAACUACCUUGUUGAAAAAACAUAAACAAAACAAAAACAAACCCUCAUAUGCUGGUAAGGCAUGGUUUGAAGCAUGACAGCUAUUCCUGAGCUGCUUGUGAAACGCUCAUGUGCUGGUCCUGACUAGCUCCUGCUCAUAACCUAAACUAAUGAGCUUAAAACCAGCCCAAACCAGCUGCCAUGUUCAAACCCACACCUAACCAGCACAUGCUGUUUUCUUCAACAGGGUUGUUCUUUAUUAUGGGUGGAUCAAAAAAGAGAAAGGUUUUUUUUAAUUGUUUGUAAAAUAUGCAACUUUUUGUUCUUUUUUCUUCGGUCAGCAGCAGUAAGGUGAUUUGUUCCGAUUAAGAUGCAAACAGUGGAUUUUUGUUUGUCUUAUAUUUGAAUUUGUUGUUUGAUAUUUAGGUGUUUUGGUGAAGAAACCAUUUAAAGCCACUUCUUUAUGCUGCACCAGUUUAAGAUCCUUCCAAGAAAUAGUGAUCAAAUCACUCUAAUUCAAUCAUCAAUCUCUGUAAGCAACAGACAAUCAUUAACUUAUUAUUUAUUGCAAAGGUUGGUACAUACCAAGGCAAUAUAGCUUUGUCUUUCAAGUUCAUAUGAAUUAUUAAAUGCAGAAAUAGCGAUUAUCUAGUUAUGUGCAUUUUACUUUUAAUUAGUUAUAGAAAUUAAUCAGAAUCUUUGUAAAAAA